AUGAAUGCAAUUAAUCAAAAUUUCGUUUUGAACUUCGGUCGAGUGACUCCGCCGUACUGUCCAUCGAUACGGUACUACCUGAUCAACCAGCAAUGGAACCGAGACGGCGGGCGGCGGGUUGGUGGUGGCUAUGCGGCCGCCCUUCAAACGCAUCCACUCCCUCCGGCGACGAGCCGCCCCUGCCACAACAGCAACCGCAACAGCCACAGGGCUGUCAUGCCACGUGCCACGCGGCGGCGGACACCACCGGCCGACUUCUAUGCUCCUGGAGGCGACACAGCCGUCUGCGCAGCAAUGGAAAUCUAUAUACGGUGA